CGCGCCGAGCCAACGCACGCGGUCGCGACGACCGCGCGUCAGUCGCCGGCUCGCGAAGCGCGCGCGCACGCGCGGAAGGAGGGCGCGAGAGCGCGCGCUCGCGUCGAGGGAAGAAGGGCUUCGAGCGCGCGACGCGACGGCGAAGAAUCGAGGCGCGAGAUCUCACGCGCGUGGGGCGCUCCGACACGCGACAACAGCGCGGAUCGAACGGUCGAUCGCGGAGAGGCGCGGGACCGGCGACGGGAGGAAACGCGGGACGCGCGACGCGAUGACGGGCAAGGAAAACGACACGCCGAAGACGGAGAAGCAGGAUGGCGAGGAAAAGCAGGAAAAGAAGGCGCACCACACCGGCGGCAACGCCCGCCCGCCCGUGGACACCUCCCUCCUCCCCCCGAAGCCCAAAGAGGAGGACGUCGUGAAGGUCAAGCACGCGGCGUCGGGCGUGAUGCUUCCGCUCGACGUCGGCGCGCGCGUGAGCUGCCGUUGGCGCGACGGCCAGAUGUAUCCGGUGCGCGUGAUCGAGCGCAGGGCUGGGCCGAAGGGCGUCCUGGGGCAGGAGGAGUACGAGUACUACGUGCACUACGAGCAGUUUAAUCGGCGGUUGGACACGUGGGUGACGAUCGCGGACAUGGAUCUCGACACGGCGGAGACGGAUGACGACAAGAAGAAGCGCAAGGCGGAGGAGGUGGACGAGGAGCACGCGGAUUUCGACCCGAACGCGCUGAGGGAGCACGAGGAGUGCACGAAGGUGCGCAACAUCUUGUCCGUGGAGCUGGGGAGGCAUCAGAUGGACACGUGGUACUUCUCGCCGUUCCCGCCCGAGUACACGACGUGCAAGAAGCUCUACUUUUGCGAGUUCACGCUCAACUUUUUCAAGCGGAAAGAGCAGCUGCAACGGCACCUGCGCAAAAACGAGAUGUACCACCCGCCCGGGGACGAGAUCUAUCGCAACGAGACGCGAGGGCGGACCGCGGCGUUCUUCGAGAUCGACGGCAAGAAGGACAAGAUCUUCUGCCAGAACCUGUGCUACCUCGCGAAGUUAUUCCUGGACCACAAGACGCUGUACUACGACGUCGACUUGUUUCUGUUUUACGUCUUGUGCGAGGUGGACGAGCGAGGGUAUCACAUCGUCGGCUACUUCUCCAAGGAGAAGUGCUCCGAGGAAGGGUACAACCUCGCGUGCAUCCUCACGCUCCCGGCGUACCAGCGGAAAGGCUACGGCAAGAUGCUCAUCUCGUUCUCGUACGAGCUCUCGAAGAAGGAGGGGAAGGUUGGCACGCCCGAGCGGCCGCUGUCCGAUCUCGGCCUCGUGUCCUACCGCGGGUACUGGACGCGCGAGCUGCUCGCCAUCUUAAAAGACCCGUCCCGCGCGGUCAUGUCCAUCAAGGACCUCAGCGAGCUCACGAUGAUCAAGACCGAGGACAUCAUAUCGACGCUGCAGCACUUGAACCUCUUGGCGUAUCAGAAGGGCGCGUACGUGAUCUGCGCGGCGCCGGAGAUCAUCGAGAAGCACCUCAAGGAGGCGGGGUCGCCGGGCGUGGAGGUGGAUCCGUCGAAGCUGAUCUGGACGCCGUACAACGCGGAGAAGGAGUACCAGAACUUCCGCGGGUGA